GUAGAGAGAGAUAAGGGAUGAUUCGUCUGGCUGAGUCAGCAAACCGACAAGUAUCUCGGCCUGCCAAGGACUUUUACCACGAAGUACGAAAAGAGCUCGUGCUACACCGAACAUCCAGGGGACGCCUGCUGCAACCUUGAAAGACAAUACUCAUGGAAAAGCAAAACAGCCCUAACUCUCUACGCCAGGGUCUCCGGGACAUACAUUCAAUAGCAUGCAAUGAACCGCUGACGUGUCACAACCUGGAAGACCAGUGAUUCGGGAAGUCACAGCAUCUGUAUGUAGCUAGGCUUCAUAUACGACUUAUAUGUCUCAACAGGUAUAAGACAAAUCCAGCGCAUUGCUUCCGGAGCAGGACAUCUAUUUUUCUCAUAAGUACCCGUGGGAGGCCGCUUCAGUAAAGCGAGGAUAAUAAGCCCACUGCCUGCCAGCCCCUGUUUCUCAUCUCCCCUUUGGACCCUUUGAAUACAGUCAUAAAAUGUCUUCACGAUUCCACAAACGAAGCAGCAGAGCCAACAGCUCCCCGAGAUGGACCUGCUGCAAGUGUUCUGCCUUCAACCCGCGGGGCCGCCACACAUGCGAUGGAAUCCUCCCGUUUCACGACGUCUAUGACAGAGCCUGCAACCACUGGCGUUGUCCCGGAUGCCUCUCAUCGAACAACGAAAACUCAGCCCGACCCGACGGCAGAAGUGCACCAGCGCCGCCGCCGCCACCACGACCACGAUCACCACGACCACCACCACCAACCGCAGUCUACACGGCCUCAAGCUUUCCUCCCCCUGAGCCAGCAGCCUCGCAGAUCCCACAACAAAAUCCUCUCCUGUCCCAUUAUUCCUCCCCUCACAACGCUCUCCCACACACGCCAUCCUCCCGCUUCUCGUACACCGCAGCGUACCUACAAAGCGCCGCCUCCCGGCCAAACAGCAUUACGUUCGCCGAGGCAUUCCCCGCGCCCACGUCGGCGCCCGUGACCGACCCGACUGCUGCGCUGGGGAAUCUGCGGCUGGACUACUCCGCCGGAGGCUGCUACCACCACCACUACCACCACGACUAUGAUGAGCACGAGGGCGAGGAGGGCCUAAAUGACGAACAGUCGUUGGCCCUGCAGCUGCCGAGGCAGAGGAACGGGCCAAGGGACGGGGUGACGAAACGUAGCAGAAACGGAAAGGAUAGGGAUACGGUAAGGUACCACAACUAUGGCAAUUCGAAUCUGGGGGAUGAGGUGAGAAAAGGCAAGGAGGGAAACACGGAAACGGAGAUAGAAACGGAGAUGGAAGCGGAGAGGAGAAGGAGGGAGAAGGGGAAGGGCAAGGAGACGGACUUCGGUCCGUCACAGUACCAGUACCAGUACCAGUACCAACCCCAGUUCCAGCAUCCUGUCGGGUACCGGCCUGUCACGGUGGAGGACGCGUUGGAGGAUGAGCAUGCUGGCUGCUACUACCGCGGUGAUGAUGAGAUGGAGGAGGAGUGGUGAGGGGUUACCCAACGUGUUGGGCUGACUCGGUGGUUUUGUUGACUUUGGAGUGGAAUUCAGGGGCAAGGGGGUUAGGGUUGUAUUGUACCUGGCGGUUGGCCCUCUUUUCGGUCGCAUGCUGCUUGACUGUCUG